CUUUCAUAUUCUUAGCCUUCUCUUCCCCUUCGUUUCCUCUCAACCAUUCCAAUCUUCAUCAAUUUGGUUUCAAUUUUUGGGGUCGUGGACCUUUGGUGGUUUACCUUAACAACACCCUUUUGGUUGAAGCGAGAGGAUUUGUAAUACGAGGCACCAUGUUUGCUGAUACAAGUGGCGUAACGCGGUCGAAAUUCGGCAACUCAGCGCACUCUGAUCCUAACAUUUCGGCGACUACCAACGUCGACGAAGAUUUCCCCAUGCGUAACAGCAGCGCCUCCUUCGACCCCAGCCGGAUGAGCGGCGAGGGCUCUCCGAUGACCAUGUCGCCGUGGAACCAGGUUUCCCCGUUCCCCAAAUCCCCGUGGUCUUUCGAAGAGCAGCUCCCCAAGAACGGUCUCAUCGGCUCCCUUGUACGCGAAGAGGGCCAUAUCUACUCCUUGGCCGCGUCCGGUGAUCUCCUAUACACCGGCUCCGACAGCAAGAACAUUCGGGUCUGGAAGAACCUCAAGGAGUUCACUGGGUUCAAAUCAAACAGUGGCUUGGUGAAGGCAAUCAUAAUCUCCGGCGAGAAGAUCUUCACCGGCCACCAAGACGGCAAGAUACGCGUGUGGAAGGUGUCCCCCAAGAAUCCGAGCGUGCACAAGCGGGCAGGGACAUUACCCACCUUGAUGGACAUCUUCAAGUGCUCCAUCAAACCGAGCAACUACGUCGAAGUGCGACGACGUCGUACCGCUCUCUGGAUAAAACACUCCGACGCGGUGUCGUGCCUGAGCUUGAGCCAAGACAAAGUCCUCUUGUACUCGGCGUCUUGGGACAGGACCUUGAAGGUGUGGAGGCUCUCCGACUCCAAGUGCAUCGAGUCCAUCAACGUCCACGACGACGCCGUCAACUCCGUGGUGGCCGGCUCGGAUGGCCUGGUCUUCACUGGCUCGGCCGACGGAAGCGUCAAGGCAUGGCGGAGAGAGGGGAGCGGGAAGGCCACGCGGCACUCUCUCGUGCAGACGCUUCUGGAGCAGGAGUGCGCCGUCACGGCACUGGCCGUGUGCUCGUCCGGUGCGGUGGUGUACUGCGGAUCCUCUGAUGGGCUGGUCAACUUCUGGGAACGAGGGGACGGGAUGUUAUCUCACGGUGGUGUGCUCAGGGGGCACAAGCUGGCGGUUCUGUGCCUUGGGGCUGCAGGGAGUCUCGUGCUCACGGGCUCAGCGGACAAGACCAUAUGCGUGUGGAGGAGGGACGGUGUGAUCCACACGUGCCUCUCGGUCUUGACAGGCCAUACCGGUCCCGUCAAGUGCCUGGCGGUCGAGGAGGAUCGGGAAGCGUCCGUUAAUGGGGAUCAACGGUGGGUGGUCUACAGUGGGAGUCUUGAUAAGUCUGUGAAGGUGUGGAGCGUGUCCGAGCUGGCGCCUGAAUUGAAUCAAACGGCUCUGAGGCAACAGCAGCAGCAUUUUGCUUGCGAUGCGGACUCGUUCCCAUCCGAUGGGAGUUUCUCCUCUGUGGGCAGAAAUAGCCUGAAGAGGAGGAACUGAUCCUAACAAGAUUGAGCCCCGAGGUGUUUGCCACGUGUCUGAGCAUCACCCGCGGUUUACAUCUUGUUGAUGUUCCAAAAAGCUUGUAGCUCGGUGAAACGUGGAAUAUUUAAGGCAAUAUAUUUAAGGUUUUGUAGAUGUUGGGGUUUGAGGCAAUUAUGUUGGGAAGAAGACUGAGGGUUCGAGGUUUAUUUUCAAUGGAUUUUGAAGAUUGCUGUAUUGAUGUAGAUUGUGAUGGAUGAUUGGAUUUUGUGAAUGGAAUGAAUUUAAUUUGUGAAAUAACAUUUUCACCUUU